AUGCGCUGGUCGGGGAAACUGCGGGAGGUGUGCACCCUGUGGAGGCCCCGGAGGCAUGCUGUCCUCCUUUAUGGCCGACGAUGGGCCUCUCUGCAGUGGGGCCGCCAGGAAGUCCCUGACAAGUUCAACUUUGUUCGUGAUGUGAUGGAUCACUGGGCAGGCAUGGAGAAGGCUGGCAAGCGAGCACCCAACCCUGCCCUGUGGUGGGUCAAUGGUGAGGGGCAGGAAGUGAAGUGGAACUUCAGCCAGCUGAGUGAAAUCAGCCAGCAGGUGGCCAAUGUCCUCACGGGCACAUGUGGCCUGCAGCGUGGGGACCGGGUGGCCUUGGUGCUCCCUCGAGUGCCCGAGUGGUGGCUGGUGACUCUGGGCUGCAUGCGAACAGGCCUCGUCUUCAUGCCAGGGACUGUCCAGAUGAGAGCCAAGGACAUUCUGUACCGGCUGCAGGCGUCCAAGGCCCGGGCCAUCGUGGCUGGGGAUGAAGUGGUCCAGGCGGUGGACACGGUGGCUCCCGAGUGCCCCGCCCUCAAGAUAAAGCUGCUGGUGUCGGAGCAGAAGCGGGACGGCUGGUUGGACUUUAAGACUCUGCUUCGAGGGGCCUCCGCCACUCACCACUGUGUGGAGACGGGAAGUCAGGAACCAGCAGCCAUCUAUUUCACCAGUGGAACCAGCGGCCUUCCCAAGAUGGCAGAACACUCCCACGCCAGCCUGGGCAUGAAAGCCCAGAUGGAUGCUAGUAUAUGGAUAAACCUGAAGGCCUCUGAUAUCAUAUGGACUGUAUCGGAUACAGGCUGGAUUCUGAACAUCUUGGCCUCAUUUUUGGAACCUUGGGCAUCAGGAGCAUGCACAUUUGUCCAUCUCAUGCCAAAGUUUGACCCGCUGGUUAUUAUCAAGGUGCUGUCCAGCUACCCAAUCAACAACUUGGUAGGUGCCCCCAUUGUUUACCGGACACUGCUACAGCAGGAUCUUUCCAGUCACAAGUUCCCACAUCUACAGCACUGCUUCAGUGGAGGAGAGGCCCUUCUUCCAGAAACUCUGGAGAGCUGGAAGGCCCAAACGGGACUGGACAUUCGAGAAUUCUAUGGCCAGACAGAAACGGGCCUCACCUGUCGAGUGUCCAAGACAAUGGAAAUCAAACCCGGCUCCCUGGGAACAGCCAUUCCCCACUACGAUGUGCAGGUCGUGGAUGCCAAUGGCAAUGUUCUGCCCCCUGAUACAGAAGGAGAGUUGGGUAUUAGGGUCAAACCCAUCAAGCCUGUGGGCAUCUUCUCGGGCUAUGUGGACAACCUUGAGAAGACAGCAGCCAACAUUCGAGGGGAUUUCUGGCUCCUGGGAGAUCGGGGCACUAAGGACCGUGACGGGUAUUUCCAUUUCAUGGGACGAGCCGAUGAUAUUAUUAACUCUAGUGGGUACCGGAUCGGACCAUCAGAGGUGGAGAACGCACUGAUGGAGCACCCCGCUGUGCUGGAGACAGCUGUUGUCAGCAGCCCAGACGCUGUCCGUGGAGAGGUGGUGAAGGCAUUUGUGGUCCUGGCCCCACAGUUCACGUCCCAAGACCGGAACCAGCUCACCAAGGAGCUUCAGGACCACGUGAAAUUACUGACAGCCCCCUACAAGUACCCCCGGAAGGUGGAGUUUGUCCCGGAGCUCCCCAAGACGGUCACAGGGAAAAUCCAGAGGUCAGAGCUCCGGAAGAAGGAGUGGGAGAAGUCUGCCUAGGCCCAGCGCCAUCUGCAAGGCCCUUUCCUUUUCC